CCUCCUUCCCUCUGUGCCGCGCGCUCUCGCCUCUCUGACAGUCCGCCUGCUCUCACGUGUUUUCUGUGUAUAAAAGGCUUCCAGUCUCCGCUCAUUAUGUCCGCAGUGUCACCAGACAAACGGCGAAAGAUGGAGUCAGCGCUGAACCAGCUGAAGAAACACACCGUGGUGGUGGCGGACACGGGAGAUUUCAACGCUAUUGAUGAGUACAAGCCUCAGGAUGCCACCACAAACCCAUCUCUCAUCCUCGCUGCUGCCAAGAUGCCUGCCUACCAGAACCUGUUGGAUCAGGCCAUCAAAUAUGGCAUUGCCAAAGGAGGGACAGAGGAGGAACAGGUAGCCAACACCAUGGACAAGCUGUUUGUGAGUUUUGGUCUCGAGAUCCUGAAGAAAGUCCCAGGCAGAGUCUCUACUGAGGUAGAUGCCAGGCUUUCUUUUGAUAAAGAUGAAAUGGUUGCUAAGGCCCUGAAGCUCAUCGCUCUCUACAAAGAGGCGGGCAUCAGCGAGGAUCGCGUUCUCAUCAAGCUGUCUUCGACAUGGGAGGGAAUCCAGGCCGGCAAGGAGCUGGAGGAGAAGCACGGCGUUCACUGCAACAUGACCCUGCUGUUCUCCUUUGCUCAGGCUGUGGCCUGUGCAGAAGCAAAGGUGACCCUUAUUUCACCUUUCGUUGGACGCAUCCUUGACUGGUACAAAGAGAACACAGACCGCAAAAGCUACGAGCCACACGAAGACCCAGGUGUGCUGAGUGUGACGAGAAUUUAUAACUACUAUAAAAAGUUUGGCUACAGCACGGUGGUGAUGGGCGCCUCGUUCAGAAACACGGGACAGGUGAAGGCCCUGGCAGGCUGCGAUCUGCUCACCAUCUCUCCCGGGCUCCUGGCAGAGCUCAGUGAAGAUCACAGUGCCGUCACAGAGAUGCUCAACGUGGAGAAAGCUAAGGCCUGUGACCUGAAGAAGGUCCACAUGGAUGAGAAGACUUUCCGCUGGGAGCACAAUGAGGACCGCAUGGCUGUGGAGAAACUUUCCGACGGCAUCCGGAAAUUUGCUGCUGACGCCAUCAAGCUGGAGACCAUGAUCAAAGAGAAAAUGCUCAAUGUGAAAAACGGCCAGUAGCAGACAGAAGCGGCAUCUCUGCCUCCACUGACAGGAAGUAUAAGCAUUCAGAAGGCUGCCUUCUUUGUCCCAAACUACCAGAGAGAAGGUCCACAGCUCCAGAGGGCCUUCUCUCUCUAUCCUCAUCUGACCAAAACUCCCAGGAUCAUCCUGCUGAACGGACUCCUCUCCUCUCUUAGGCCAGGACUGACUCUUUGUUUUCUGACCAAAAGUAUAAAUGAUGCUAAAACGAGUGUGAGUGGAGUUAUCAUGUCAAAUAUUUACAAGAAAUUUGACCAUAAAGAGAAGAAUAAAUAUUAGUGAGAAUUUCAUUGAUUUUGUGACUACUUGAAAGACCGUGAGCACUUUUUUUGAAGAGUGGACCAGUUUUGCUAUAAACACCAUUGUAGCGUCAUUCCUCAGAGUACCUUUCAAUAAAUAAAAUCUCCUUUUAUUA